AUGAAGGUCUCGUUCGCUUCCGCCGUUUUCUUCGCCAGUGUGGCUUUUGCCGCAGUCGAGACCGCCGAGGAGACCGGUCUGGAUAUUGGCAAGCUCCUCAAUGAAGCUGGGCCCUUGUUGAAGAAGGCCAAGUGCCUGGGUCCGUGCGUCUACAAGGCGUCGGACAACUUGGAUUGUAACGGCAAGGGUCCCUUGAGCACUCUGUGCGCCAACUUAGACGAGGUUAAGGAGAAAACGGCGCCGUGCGCCAAGAAAUGUGGCAUCGACAGGUCAAUGAGUGGUAAGCAUGAAAUCGAAUCACUUGAGACGAGAAACGCUUUCUAA